AUGGAGAAGUACGAGAAGCUCGAGAAGGUCGGCGAAGGCACGUACGGAAAGGUCUACAAGGCGAAGGACAAAGCCACCGGCCAAUUGGUGGCGCUGAAGAAGACGCGCCUCGAGAUGGACGAGGAGGGCGUGCCACCCACCGCCCUCCGCGAGGUCUCGCUCCUCCAGAUGCUUUCUCAGUCGCUCUACAUCGUCCGAUUGAUCUGCGUCGAGCAUGUUGACAGCAAGGAGGGGAAGCCUGUCCUGUACUUGGUGUUCGAGUACUUGGACACCGAUCUCAAGAAAUUCAUCGAUUCGCACCGGAAGGGGCCGAAUCCGCGGCCGAUGCCGCCGUCGCUGGUGCAGAGCUUUAUGUACCAACUGUGCAAGGGGGUGGCGCACUGCCACUCCCAUGGCGUCCUCCACCGCGAUCUGAAGCCCCAGAAUCUGCUGCUUGACAAGGAAAGGGGGAUUCUGAAGAUUGCUGAUCUCGGACUUGGCCGCGCCUUCACUGUGCCUCUCAAGAGCUACACGCAUGAGAUUGUUACUCUCUGGUAUAGAGCGCCGGAGGUUCUUCUCGGGUCGGCACACUACUCCACCGGCGUUGAUAUGUGGUCUGUCGGAUGCAUCUUCGCCGAGAUGGCGAGGAGGCAGGCUCUGUUUCCGGGAGAUUCUGAGUUCCAGCAGUUGCUUCACAUUUUCAGGCUGCUAGGAACACCAUCUGACAAGCAGUGGCCAGGAGUUUCUUCUCUGCGAGAUUGGCAUGUGUAUCCGCAGUGGGAGCCUCAGAACUUGGCUCGUGCUGUUCCUGCUCUGGGGCCUGAAGGAGUUGACCUCCUAGCCAAAAUGCUUAAAUACGAUCCAGCUGAACGAAUUUCGGCCAAAGCCGCACUUGACCACCCCUAUUUUGACACCCUUGAUAAGUCUCAGUUCUGA